GCGUGAGCGGUGGUUAGCCCAAGGCUCGUAGCCAGCUAGCCAGCUAGCUAGCUAGGAUGUGUCGAGGCGAUGCUACACGACGGCGGAAAGGUGAGACCGAGGAUUAUCGUCGCCCGACGCAGCCAUGGGCGUCAUUGAGGGUAACUAGCUGAUCGGUACACACCUUCGCAGAGGAUGACUGGUCGGGGCCAGCACUACGGCUUCCAAGGGGCCACCAUUGUUCAAGCCUCCAAUGGUGGUCAUGCCUACCUGUUUGGGACCAAUAGUUCGGAGAACGAACAGUCGGAGGAGGAUGGGGAAAGCUGUGACCUGCGGCCACGUAGCAGAGACCGGAACAAAAGGAGCGCGUCCAGGGAGAGGGUGGACGACAUCGUCUACCUAAGCAGAGAUGUCCAGGAGGGCGACACCCUAAACAGCAUCGCCUUGCAGUACCAUUGCUCGGUGGCGGAUCUGAAGCGUGCCAACAACCUGGUGACGGAGCAAGACUUCUUCGCCCUGAGAUCUGUGAAAAUCCCCGUCAGACGCUUCAGCAUGCUGACUGAAACCCACAAACCAGGACCUCCCAAACCGGCCUCCCUUUCCCAAACCUCGGCCGUCACCGCCCUCCCCAUGGAGUCGUCCACGGACUCCUCCUCUUCCACGGACAGCGUGGAAGGCUUCCUCCAGGAGAAGGACAAGGACAUCGAGCAGCUGGUCAAUUCCGCCGGCCCGUCGACGAGCAGCCUGAACGAGGUGGUGUCCUCCCUGACGCACCAGCAGAUUCAGCCCUCGCUGGGCAAAUUGGAGUACAAAGCGGCGCAGAAAAAGGACCCGUAUUACGGCGCGGACUGGGGCAUGAGGUGGUGGACGGCCGUGGUCAUCAUGCUGGUGGUCGGCAUCGUCACGCCCGUCUUUUACCUGCUGUACUACGAGGUCUUCAUGAAGAUCGAGGUAAGCCAUCACGCCGUGCCCACGGGGGCUCUCGGGGACACGCCUCCCGGACAUCCGCACGGUCCAAUGGGAGACGGCCAUGCUGGAGCUGAUCGCUCACAUGCCGGACACGUAGCUCAUGUCGCUCUGCAAGGCCUCGGCGUGAACAAUGAACAUGAGAAGACAUAACUAACAUGGACUCCUAAUAUAACACUUUUAAUGAUAUGAUCAAUGCAAUCUUGACGGGGAAAGAAUUUUAUAUAUUUCUAUUAAUUUAACCUUUGUCAUCCAUGCUGCUGCUGCCUUUUGAAGCCACAUGCAAUUUCCCAAAUAUAAAUAUAGACAAAUCAUUUUCAGGACUCAUUGAAAAGUUUAUUGUGCAUUUUGGAUUUGAAGCAGGGGUGUCCAAACUUUCUCCAUUGAGGGCCACAUUCAGAAAAAAUUUAAGUUGCACGGUGGAAUAUUGUACAAUAAAGGGGAACUGCACUUUUUUUGGAACUUUGCCUAUCGUUCACCAUCAUUAUGAGAGACAGGAACACACUUUUUGGGGGGGAUUUUAAAGAUGAUUAAAAACAAAUCUUUCAGAAGUUGCGGUUAAUGGGAGUCACCGUUGUUGCCUUCAAAACCCUCCAGCAACGUUUUGUAUAAACACUGCAAGUCUAUCUCUAUAAUGUAGUACCAAACACCUUCAUAAUAUGUACAAUAUUUACCGUAUUUGGUCAUUUUAAUCACUGCCGGAACUAAUUCUUCAGCGCAUUUAUUUCUGUUUCCAUAGCAACGCACAUCUGACUUCCAGUGUGUUCCUACUUACGGAUACAAAACGCUUGUGUCUUCUAAUCAUGGCAGGUACGGUAACUAAGACGACUAUUUCUGGACAAAUGAGGAUUCAGAACCUUAUCUUUUUGAACCUGAAUAUACUGAGGAACUACUGCUUCUAGAAGUGAGCACGAAGGAAGAGUGAGAUGUUGGAGCAGACGGAAGCCGAGAGAGUUAGGUGAAAGUAAAUCAAAGCUGAAAAAUGUGGAACUUGAAGACAAGCUAUUUCGACAUAAAUGAAGUGCUUACCCAUAAUUAAUCGGAAAAAAAACCCAUCCCGGGCCAGCUGGUCCAGACGAACAACUGUCCACACUUUAUAUUGAUAAUGAUACAUGCAGCACGUCAUGCGUAUUAUUACAACUAUAGUACUGUGUACAAACAAAACAUGAAAUAAUACUUAAUACUGUGAUAUGAUUGUUCAUGUUUUUCACUCAGUACAGAUUGGCGUCCUAUGACAUUGUGUUAUGUAUUACAAACUCAAACAAGUUUCGUGCUGACGUAGAAACUAGCUUAUUUCUUGCCGUAGCUAGCUUUUACAGCUAAUACCGUAGCCCGCCGAUGUGUUACUACGCUAGAAAACUUACAAUAACAAUGUUGCUACAGUUUGGUUAUUAUACAGGUUACAGAACGUGAAUGAAGUAUUGACGGUUUUUGAACGCAUUUUUAAAGUGACUUAGAGGUAGAAUUGAUUGCUCCAAUUAGCUGCAUUGCUAGCCACCUGGAACGAGCUGAUUUGUAUAUGUUAGAAAGCGAAAAAAAACACAACCAUUUGUCUUCUUGUCUCUCAUGAUUGUGAAUGAUAAGCAAAAAUUUAAAAAAGUGCAGUUCCCCUUAAAAGCAAAUUAGUGUACAUCAAUAGAUGCUAAGCUAUCUGAAAACAAACAUUUAGCAUUGUUAUAAAGAACACUAGUGUAAUAUAACUAGAGCUGUCAAGAAUAUAAACUCAUGUGAUUCAUUUCAAACAUUGCAUUAAUCAUGGAUAUAUGCAGAUUAAUCACCUUUUUUUUGUUUCUUUACCUUCUAAUCUACUUUAACAAUAUAAUUGCAUUUGUGUCCAAAUACUGUAGUCUUUUUUUGAAACUUCAGUCAACUUAAAUGAUGCAGGUGAGUAAUACUACUUGCAAUACUUGGGAUUAAUCCUUAAUGUUUGACAGCACUACUUACAACUACCCAUUCCCGUCACACACAAAAAAUACCCGAAUGAGAUAAAAAGUUAAAAUGAGUCAAAUAUGAGAUGAAAAGUCAAUUACGAGAUUAACAUUCAAAAUUUAUGAGAUAAAGACUUUGUAUUUUAAUAUAAAUAAAAAGGUCAUAAGUUUGAAAUAACGACUCAUUACUUCGAAUUCUCAUUAUUUAAACUUUUUAAAAUCAAAAUUAACUUUUGACUCAUAAUUUCGACUUUUUCACUCAAAAUUAUAGCCCAUCCUAUAUUUUCAACUUUCAUUUUUUAACAUAAUUACAACUUUUUAUUUCAUAUUUUUGACUCAUAAUUUCUACUAUCUCAAUUACAACUUACUAUUGGGGUAUAUAUAUAUAUAUAUAUAUAUAUAUAUAUAUAUAUAUAUAUAUAUAUAUAUAUAUAUAUAUAGAUAGAUAGAUAGAUAGUCAUGUAUCUGUCAAGGGCCAAUAAAAAAAACAGCUGUGGGACAAAAUUAGCCCCCAGGCCGCACUUUGGACACCCCUGGUUUUAAGCUUAUUACACGGUGACAUCAUUGAGAAAUAAUAUAUUUCAGGACCAUUGUGCCAUCGUACACUUGUUAGUAUUGAAGUUGGACAUUAGUGACAUUUGAAAUAAAGCGAUAAAGCUCGGUGAAGAAUUGCACAGCAUUCCUCAGACGUACGUGUGUGUGUGUGUGUGUGUGUGUGUGUGUGUGUGUGUGUGUGUGUGUGUGUGUGUGUGUGUGUGUGUGUGUGUGUGUGUGUGUGUGUGUGUGUGUGUGUGUGUGUGUGUGUGUGUGUAAGCCCUUGUACUUCAAAUGUUGACAUUAUGUGCCUUUCAACCUGUGGAAAUAUU